UUUGAUAAGGCGGAUCAACAAUGGCUAUGUCGGAUAAAAUGGGGCUGCUGGCAACUCUUCUCAUCUUUGGUGUCUCUCUCUCCUUAGCUUCUGCAGAGAGGCCCAUGAGAAGAUCCUUGGUGUUCCCAAUGGAAACUGACAACAGCUACGUGGAGCUGGUCCCUCAGAAGGAUCUUGACAUGGGAGCCUUCACCCUGUGCAUGCGGGUGGCCACAGAACUGGCAAAGGGCAACCGUGAGAUCAUCUUGUUCGCCUAUCGUACACUGUACCACGACGAGCUCAACGUGUGGAGAGAAGCUGAUGGCAGGUACGGUCUGUUUAUGAGUGGGGACGGGGUCUUAUUCCGCCUACCUGAGCUCAACACCUUCCAGACCCACCUCUGUCUCACCUGGGACUCGAAGUCAGGUAUGGCUGCGUUCCACGUAGAUGGGAAGAGGAGCAUUAGGAAGGUGUAUAAACCAGGACACAAAGUGCAGAAUGGAGGUAAGGUCAUCCUGGGACAGGAUCCAGACACUUUCCUGAAGGACUUUGAGAGCAAGCAGAGUUUCAUCGGAGAGAUCACAGACGUCAACAUGUGGGACUACGUGCUCUCCGAUGCCAUGAUAGAGGCUUUGCAUGUUGGGAAACGUAUGCCCAGAGGGAAUGUUUUUGACUGGGAAACCAUAGAGCUCAUAGUCAAUGGGAACGUCAAGGUGAUCACUGAAGAGUUGUAAGGUGUCCCAAGGCACCAACAACAUGCUCUCCAUCCAGGGGUGCUGCACUGCGGCCUGACUCUGUGCUCCUCUCAACUGUGUGUCAGUGUGAUGUAUGUUAUCUGAGGGAGUUAAGAAAUUACAGAAAAUUCAUAUGGAGAAUAAAGUUGUAUUAGUUUGAGUCCCUGUCUUAUCUCAAUAAAUAUAAA